GUCCUUCAAGCCUUGACUCCGCCCACGCAUCGACGUAGAAUUUCCGAGCCGGGCUCCGUGAAGUGCUACCCACCCGCGACGCCGACGCGAGGCUGCUGCUAUGGGGCCGGGCGGCCGUGUGGCGCGGCUGCUUGCGCCACUAAUGUGGCGCAGGGCGGUUUCCUCGGUGGCGGGGCCAGCGGUUGGAGCCGAGCCCGGGCUUCGGCUGCUGGCCGUGCAGCGGCUUCCCGUAGGAGCAGCGUUCUGCCGGGCUUGCCAGACCGCAAGCUUUGUCCGCGGCCUGCACAGCGAGCCUGGGCUGGAGGAGCGGGCGGAGGGGACGGACAACGAGGGACGCCCAGAAUCGGACGCGGCAGAUCAUACUGGUCCCAAGUUUGACAUCGACAUGAUGGUUUCACUUCUGAGGCAAGAAAAGGCAAGAGACAUUUGUGUGAUCCAGGUUCCUCCAGAAAUGAGAUAUACAGAUUACUUUGUGAUUGGUAGUGGAACUUCUACCCGACACUUACAUGCCAUGGCCUUCUACCUUGUGAAAAUGUACAAACACCUGAAAUGUAAACGUGACCCUCAUGUUAAGAUAGAAGGGAAGGACACUGAUGACUGGCUGUGCGUGGAUUUUGGCAGCAUGGUGAUUCAUUUGAUGCUUCCAGAAACCAGAGAAAUCUAUGAAUUAGAGAAAUUAUGGACCCUACGUUCUUAUGAUGACCAGUUAGCUCAGAUAGCACCUGAGACAGUACCUGAAGACUUCAUUCUUGGAAUAGAAGAAGAUGAUACUUCAUCUGUGACUCCAGUGGAGUUAAAAUGUGAAUAAAAUAUUUUAUGCACUGCGUUAGUCAUUUCA